GGCAACAUGAUAGUAAACAACAAAAGAAAAAGUGUUUAGAGCGUGUGAUUAUGUAAUUUUUCUGUAAGCGUGUUCACGCGUCUUCGCAUGGAUUAAAACAAGUAUAAAGCUCAACCAGGCCGCUUCAGUUAGGCUAUUGUACGUAGUGCGUUUCUGACGGUAUACAAUUCGACUGGCAAAAUGAAAUUCGCUGUUUUGGUGUUUUUUACCUUGUUUAUCUGGGGUGAUGCCUUCUGGUUUAAGACAGUGCCUUCUCUCAGUGUGGACAAGUACCUCGGGCGUUGGUACCAGGUAUGUUUCAAAAAUAGUUCAGUACGCUAGGCUAUUUUUCCUUUAUAUUCUGUCCAUGUCUUCCAAUUAGCCAUUGGCUACGUGAAAUAUAAUUGGAACUUCUGAGUCUAGUAUGAACGAAAUCUUGUGAUGUAACUAAUUCAAAUGAAAUCUGAACUCUAAUCAAAACAAUCUUUACAUGGUCAAACCGCUUUUUACGUUCAUUGUUUGAUUCUUGAUCUUUUUUGAAUUUGCACAAUUCAAUCUGCUAACCCUGAAAGGUCUAGUUUCAUUGAGAACGAUCAUCAUCUUCGUUUCAGUUAUUCUCUGUCUUUCCCAACGGUGAGAAUUUGUGAUCUUUUAGUGCAAAUGUUUGUCUGUAAUUGGGAUCAUUGAAAUUCCUAGAAGACUGAAUACACAUCUCAUUUGCAAAAAAUAAGAAAACCAGUCCUCUUUUUCAAGCUGAGCUCUUAAGUUUAUCUUCACCUUUCCAUCUAAUAUCCAGUUCGUUACGUUGCUUAUUGCUGUUAGCGAUCAUGUUUGAUAUAUCAUUUGUUUAUUUCGUUUUUUAACUCAUGAUUUGAACAGAUGUACGCCAGCCCCUUCGUGGUGAACACCUUUGAACGCGACGGAGUCUGCGUAACAGCUGAUUGUGAGUGCAUAAUGAAAAGAUUUAGCCAGGGCUAAAAGCAAUUCUCUCGUUAAUAUUUAUAAUUUACUCAAACAAAAUAUAAAAUAGUGUAAUGCUAAGCGACGACGACAGUGAAAACGGCCAAAAAAAAUUAGCAGGUCUAAUUAGCAAAAAAACAACUUUCCACGUGCAGCGCACUUUUUUGUACAUUUCUUUGCCAUUGUUUUGGAGGAAUACAACGUGAAACUUCCGGCAACUUCCUAGUUACACUUUGUGACCUCCUAGUUACACGUAACUUCCCCUGAGCUACACAUUGUGACCAACUCAAUAAAAUGAAAAUCUAUAGCUGGACUAGCAAUGCACGCAUGCGUACGUAUCAUUAUGGUUUUUUUUUUUUUCAGAUACCCAACGAGAAGAUGGCAAGAUCGGUGUGCUGAACAGUCAACGACUUAAAACAGAAACUGGUGUCGGAAAGAACAUAACAGGGUAUGCCUACAUACCUGAUACCAAACAACCGGGGAAGUUGAAAGUUCGUCUUCAGGGUGGAGUUCCAUUCGCUGCUCCUUGUAAGUGAUUAGCUAGUAAUUAACAUGUUGUUAAAAGUUGGAACCACCUUCAAGGAGGGUCCGAAACAGUAGGGCAAGAGCUGCUUCUUAUAAUCCGCAACGUGUGGAAAAAAUUGGAGCAAUCUUGAACAGACGAACUAAGCGCCGUUUGAGGGUUCUUGCGUGUCCGCAUAACUGAUAGAACACCUUAUAACUGAUUUUGUUCUUUAGCAAAGAUCCAAAACUUUCAAGCACGCUGAAUGUUAUGUAUUUCAUACAAGGGAACGUGUUUUAUUGGGUAUUGAAACACCAAGAAAUGAGUCGAAAAAAGAGGCACACUAACUAAAAAUUUGAGGAACGUACUUUAAGGUGACUCAUAAUCAAAUUCAGUGAAACAAGAAUCAAAGGUUGUCUAGAGUCUUAUUAACAAGCCAUUCAGGAGUGACGGGAGAUCUUCCGGAAUUUACAACUACAGAGCUGAGUUAACUACUUAUGUUUUUGUUCCAUUUAUGUUCUUGGAAAUGUCAAUUGUCCUUCAUGAUUCAAAAAAAUAACUUCCCAGUCCGAUAACACGAACUAACGGUUUUCUCCAUAACAUUUAAUUAAUCGAUUUUGAUUGUUUUUCUCAACAGACUGGGUUGUGAAGCUGGGGCCCCCGUCGUUCGGCAACAAGGGUCUGUACCAGUACUCCAUUGUCACGGACCCCUUGAAAAUCGGUUUGUACGUGCUGGCAAGAGAUGUGGACAACUUUAAAAGCCAAUACGACAAGGAAGUCACAAGCUGGCUAGCAGAAAAUGGCUUUAAACACUUUUACAACAAACCUGUUCCAACCGUCCAAAACAAGAAAUGCCUGUACCCAGCCUAAAAUUAUCAAUCGCCCCGAAAAUUCCUUGAUUUACGAUUAUGAGAAGUUAGCAGAUUAAAGCGAUAAUAGUUCCAGUUCAAAAGUGGCUGUUGUUUGAUUGUCGAGCAACUAGCCAGAUUAAUAAUGUCGAAUCUUGAUUUUUCUCCCGUAGAAAGACUGUAAG